AUGGGGAAUACGUUCUGUUUAUUCUGUGGUUGCGUCGAACAGUCUAGCGUCGGUGUUGUUGAACAGUGGGGUCGUUUUCACCGAUUGGCUCAACCUGGUUUCCAGUUCUUCAACCCCUUCGCCGGUGAAUGUCUCGCCGGUAUUCUCUCCACUCGUAUUGCUUCCCUUGAUGUCAAAAUCGAAACCAAAACCAAGGAUAAUGUUUUUGUUCAGUUGUUGUGUUCGAUUCAGUACCGUGUGGUUAAGGAAAAUGCUGAUGAUGCUUUUUAUGAGUUGCAAAACCCUCAGGAACAGAUCCAGGCUUAUGUUUUUGAUGUGGCCCGUGCGAUUGUUCCGAAGAUGAAUUUGGAUGAGUUGUUUGAGCAAAAAGGUGAGGUUACCAGAUGUGUGUUGGAGGAGCUUGAAAAGGUAAUGGGAGAAUAUGGAUAUAGCAUAGAACAUAUACUGAUGGUUGAUAUUAUCCCGGAUCCUUCUGUGCGGAGGGCAAUGAAUGAGAUUAAUGCAGCUCAAAGGAUGCUACGCGCUAGUGAAUUCAAAGGAGAAGCUGAAAAGGUGCUUAUAGUUAAAAAGGCAGAAGCAGAAGCAGAAUCAAAGUACUUAGGCGGGGUUGGUGUGGCAAGACAGCGACAAGCUAUCACGGAUGGCUUAAGAGAGAACAUCUUGCAAUUCUCUACCAAAGUAGAAGGAACUUCAGCAAAGGAAGUGAUGGAUCUUAUCAUGAUAACUCAGUACUUUGACACAAUCAGAGACCUUGGUAACUCUUCAAAGAAUACCACAGUUUUUAUACCUCAUGGACCUGGCCAUGUUAGGGAUAUCUCUAAUCAAAUACGCAAUGGUAUGAUGGAAGCAUCAUGUGCUCAAGUAACUGAUGAUGUUGAGUAA